AUGGCUCCACGACGACAAGGCGCGACCGGCGAACGUGAGGCCGAAGAUAUUCACGGGUGCUGCGUUCCCGGUGAAUGCCUCCGCCCCCGAGAGCCUGUACGCAUCGAGGACGCUAUCCGCGUGCUAUGCAACAACGACACGUGUGCCGUAGGCCGGUACAUGCAUAGAGAAUGCUUUGAGCAAUGGGAGGCCGGGGUGCUCGCCUAUCUUAAAUCCUGUGGCCGCGCUCGUUCGUGGUCUGAAAGGCAGAGACAUCAGAAUCUUUGGACAAAGAAAGGCUACGACUUGGCUUUCAAGGCGUGCGGGUGUCGUUGCGGUCGUGGACACCUAAAGAAAGACCUCGACUGGACACCACCAGGAUUAGCUAUCAGAGCUGACGAUGAGAAAAAGAAGCGGAGGCGAGCGAGAUCCGGUCGGACGCCGGCUGUUGUUGACGCACGCAGCAGAGCCUUCAGUCUUUCCAGUUCUGGCUCCUGUUCUCCGCCCUCUGCACCUUCAGAGCCCUCGACGAGCCCUACACAUGCUGCACCUCACACAAUGACCCCAGCGAAGAGAAACUCUAAACCUGAAAUCGUUUCCGACAGAAUUAGAGCCGGCGCUGGUGCGAAUGGGAUAUUUUCGAGGAGGUUGGACUUUUCCACAUUCAAUCUCCUGCCGAAGCAUAAAGUCAACUCAUAUCAGAUUAAGAUUGAAGACGAGGGUAACCACGGCAAUGAUGACACUAGGCUGUUCAUCCUCUCGACGCUCGCCGGCCAACACAAGCCGCGCGUGUCUUGUGCGCUGUGUAAGGAGACUCUGCACGUUUUCGACCGAUAUCCACUGGUUGACGGAACCUUCUUCCUUAGUCCUCGACAACAUACCAGCAGCGCAGUUGAGGUGAAAGUGGAAGGACGCACGCAAUAUCUAACGUGCGUGUGCAUGGGGUGCUUAGAGCGAUGCGACCCUGAACGCACGAUUCGUUGCCGAUUCUGCGGACAAAAGUGGGACGGCUCGUCGCUUGUUCUCGGUACAAUGUACUCUUAUGACAUCUUCAUGGCAACGCCCUGUUGCGCUGAGAGAUUGAAGUGUAACAACUGCUACAAGCCACUACUGCACCCUCACCAGCGCCUCAAUUACUCGGACUACUCUCACCCAGUGACAUGCCCUCAUUGUCGUAUUGUUGACACGCAUUUCGUGAAACCGCUUUCAUACUGUUUCACAAAACGGGUUUUUCCGCUCUUCCAGCAGUGGCCAUAA